GUAAGCGUCGUCUGCUUCAUCGAUGACACCGCCAUAUAAAUUUAGGACAGUCGCAUUCUCAGACUGAGAACUAGGGUGGUGACAGCGGAACCACCAAAUCAACAAAUAUUUGAACACGUCUGAUGGAAUCAUUAUGUCGACCAUAAAACUUCCUCGUCGUUUCACCAACCUGCAUGAUAUUCACGACAGCUAAUAGCCCGACCUAGCCUUUAAAGUCAUAAACUAGAUAAAAAGAACAAAGAUAUGCGUAGAUAACAUAUUGUUUACCUGAAAUAUAUGUAAACCUUUGUUAUCUUAAUGGUGCGUGAUUGUAAACCUUUUUCGUCCUGGUAUAACAGUUAAAUUAUCUAGAUCUAUAUAUACAUCUUUAUAUAUAUCAUUAAUCCUUUAGAAAGUAAAUUCUAAACAUAGAUGAGAGUAGACCUAUUGAAUGUUCGUGUUGACACUAAGCUGACAAAUACAUCAAGAGAACGAUAAACACAACCUUGAACUAGAAACAAGAAAAAAAAAUAAUAAAACGUCUGCGAAUGGUUGUUUGACAUCGCUGUCGUUUAGCCGUAGUGGUCACCAUGGUGGAACAAGUGGUCAGUGAGGUAUUUCGUUUAUAUGAAGAGCGAGGAUCAACAGGUUACUUAGGCGAGAGGAUUUCUAAAACUGACCAUAGCAUCCAGUGUGCUAUGUUAGCAGAGAAAGAGGAUCAACCGGUUGAGGUAGUGUUGGCAGCCUUCCUCCACGACAUCGGACAUCUUGUAGGAGAGGACAAAGGCUUAGAAAACAUGGCAUCAGGUGAUCUUAAUCUGGGAACCAGGGACCAUGAUGUUGUCGGGGGCCAGUACUUGAGGGACAUCGGCUUCCCCGACAAAGUGUGUGACAUUGUGCAAGGUCAUGUACAGGCUAAGCGCUACCUAGUGUGGAAAAACCAGGCGUAUUACGACAACCUGAGUCCCGCUAGUCGUAUGACACUGGAACACCAGGGAGGACGAAUGACUGACGAACAAGCUACGGAUUUCGAAAACAAUCCCUUAUUUGACGUCAUUAUACGCAUGCGUACAUAUGACGAAGCUGGGAAGGAUGUAGACGCUACAAAUGCGCCUCUUGAUAAGUACAGAAAACUGUGUAAAGAUUAUUUGUCGAGCAUGAGUUGAGCUUAUGGUUGAAAGGCUCUCAGAGGUAACAUUGUUACCAUAUCAUUCCUCAUAACAACAUACAUUCAUUAUAUGUAACGUACGUACAGCUUCAAUAAAAAACAUUUUCUCAAUCUUAA